AUGACUGGAACACUUUUAUUCGGUUUUACACAUUUUAUGUCGUUUGAAAAGGUGUUAGAUGAAGAGAAAACAGAAGUUGAUGAUCAAGUAUCUAAUUUUUUACAGAAAAACUGGAAGGAAGCUAUUUUAUCAAAUUUACCACAAAUUUUUACGCAUUCUAUAUAG